UUUAUGUGCUCUCAUUCCUCCACUGCAGUGUCUGGACUCCGUGCUAUUCCUCAGCAGCAGAGAAAGGAAAGAAAACCAGCACAACUCCAAAGUAAACUUUGAAGAGUUCGAAAAAGGAAUUGAAUCGUAAAACUGUUACUGUGCCCUGUAAGGCCCUCGUGUGGGUGACUUCAAAGGAGGAUGGUGGUCAAGGACCCUUUGGCAAGAGUGCUUACAGCUGUGGGCUAUCUAGGAUCCGAGUAAAUAGCUCCACAGCACUUCAGGAGAGAGGAGUCCCGAACACUGCUGCUUUGAAGAGUUUACUACAGAUCACAGCUCUCAUCCAACAGGACACAUGGCUCUUUUGAAGAAAAUUAACCGGAUCUUACUGUUACUUCUUGUCUUAACCGUGUGCGCUAUUCUGUAUAACAAAGUUCACCAAGUGCCCUUGGCAUUAAGAAAUGAAACAGUGGAUUUGGAGAGCCCUGAGGAAAUGGAAGAAGAAAUCCCAGUGGUGAUCUGUGCUGCUGCAGGCAGGAUGGGUGCAGCUGUAGCAGCGAUCAGCAGCAUCUACAGCAACACAGAGGCCAAUGUUUUGUUCUACAUCGUUGGGCUGAAGACAACCAUCCCACAUAUUCGAAAAUGGAUUGAAAAUUCUAAACUGAAAGAAAUAAAAUUUAAGAUUGUGGAAUUCAAUCCUAUGGUACUUAAAGGAAAAAUCAGACAAGAUGCAUCACGUCCUGAGCUACUGCAGCCUCUGAACUUCGUUCGAUUUUAUCUUCCUUUGCUUAUCCAGAAACAUGAGAAAGUAAUAUAUUUGGAUGAUGAUGUCAUUGUUCAAGGUGACAUCCAAGAACUCUACGAUACUAAGUUAGCUCCUGGACAUGCAGCAGCUUUUUCAAAUGAUUGUGAUCUGCCUUCUACCCAUGAAAUGGUUAGAAGUGUAGGGAUGCAGAACACAUACAUGGGAUUCCUGGACUACAGAAAGCAAGCCAUUAGAGAUCUUGGCAUCAGCCCCAGCACCUGCUCCUUUAAUCCUGGAGUAAUUGUUGCUAACAUGACUGAAUGGAAACAUCAGCGGAUUACAAAGCAGUUGGAAAAGUGGAUGCAAAGAAAUGUAGAGGAAAACCUCUAUAGCAGCACUCUUGGGGGAGGUGUGGCAACCUCUCCAAUGCUAAUUGUAUUUCAUGGAAAAUACUCCUCUAUUAAUCCUAUGUGGCACAUAAGGCAUCUUGGUUGGAGUCCUGAUGCCCGUUACUCAGAGCAAUUUCUUCAAGAAGCUAAAUUACUUCACUGGAAUGGGAGAUACAAACCUUGGGAUUACCCCAGUGUCCACACUGAUCUCUGGGAAAACUGGUUUAUUCCUGACCCUUCAGGGAAGUUCAAAUUAACUCGUCCUGAUAGCUGAUACUGAAAUACUGCAAAAUGUAGUGUAUGGGAUGCAUUUAAUAGUUUGAGAUGCAACAUGUAUGAUUAAUGGAUUUUAGAAAUGAAAUAUCUGUUAAAAACAGGAAUAAAUAACCAUCAGUUCUGUGUGCUCAUGGCAGGAGAGAGACUGAGUACACAGUUCAGAUUAUCCUGAGGAAACAAGUUUACUUAAUAAUGAAGUAUUUUAAUUAAACACAGAGGUGAAAUUCAGCACUA